AAGUAAAAAAUUGCGAUUUUUUUGCAGGCAGGCAUAUAUUUUCGGUCCAGAAAAAACUUCAUAACGAUAAAUUAGAAAAAAUUUGUUGUGAAAAUUUAUACUAACGAUAAGCUGCACUUUAAUGAAAUAAGAUUGUUAUGGCUUUUCAGAUAUAGUAGAACAUAUGUUCCCCUGCAAAGGUUUACAGUUUAAUUAAAAAAGUACAAUUGUGAAACGAAAUUUAUCUACCGUAUGUAUGUGUAAAAUUGUUUGCACAUAUGUGUUCUUUAUAAUUGUGCAGAGGAUCUUACGAAAAAAGUAAUUUCCAAAAUAAAACGCCCAUAUCAAUAGAAGUUGUUUUACUGUCUACUCUUAUAAAAAACUAAAUAUUGAAAACAAGUUCAAUGUUUAUGCUGUUUUGAAGAGUGUAAAGAAAAAACCGAAAAUUGCAUUUUCGAAAUAUUUAGCCUGUGGCCCCUGUUGGUAUUUUGGUUUUGUUGGUUUAGAGAAAAACGCGAAGUGAGCACUGCUUAAAAUCUAAUUGUUGCAGAUAGACGCCGUGUGGGGCUGGGCUUCUGCCCCUCUACGUUUUGGGGCAAACAGAAUGGGUGAUCCGCUGCUGCCGGGUGCUAUAGGUGGCGCGGGUGCGACGACUGGUGGUGCUGUCGAUCGACCACCAUCGCCAGCUCGUUUAUCACACACCUCCGAAAAGCAUCCCAAAGUUACUCUCUCCGAACUAAAUAUGUUACGUCGUCAUCGUGAAUUAUGCGAUGUUGUUUUAAAUGUAGGUGGUCGAAAAAUAUUCGCUCAUCGUGUUAUACUUUCCGCCUGUUCACCAUACUUCCGUGCCAUGUUUACUGGUGAAUUGGAGGAAUCACGUCAAACGGAAGUUACCAUACGCGAUAUAGACGAAAACGCUAUGGAACUGCUCAUCGAUUUCUGCUACACUGCUCAUAUAAUUGUUGAAGAAUCAAAUGUUCAGACACUUUUACCGGCCGCUUGUUUACUUCAAUUAGUUGAAAUUCAAGAUAUCUGCUGUGAAUUUCUCAAAAGACAAUUAGAUCCAACCAAUUGUUUGGGCAUACGAGCGUUUGCCGAUACCCACUCAUGCCGCGAAUUGUUGCGAAUAGCCGAUAAAUUUACACAACACAAUUUUCAAGAGGUCAUGGAAAGUGAAGAGUUUUUAUUGUUACCUGUUGGGCAACUGGUGGAUAUAAUAUGUAGCGAUGAAUUGAACGUAAGGUCAGAGGAACAGGUUUUUAAUGCCGUAAUGUCCUGGUUAAAAUAUAAUGUGGCUGAUAGACGUCAACAUCUAGCUCAGGUCUUACAACAUGUACGUCUUCCUUUGUUAUCGCCAAAAUUUCUUGUGGGCACGGUAGGCUCCGAUUUAUUGGUGCGUUCCGAUGAGGCUUGCCGAGAUUUGGUGGAUGAGGCCAAAAACUAUUUACUGCUUCCACAAGAACGACCCCUUAUGCAAGGACCACGUACCCGUCCACGUAAGCCUACAAGACGUGGUGAGGUAUUAUUCGCAGUAGGAGGUUGGUGUUCAGGCGAUGCCAUUGCUUCGGUUGAACGUUUCGACCCACAAACAAACGAUUGGAAAAUGGUGGCACCGAUGAGUAAAAGGCGUUGUGGUGUCGGUGUUGCAGUUUUGAAUGAUUUGCUUUAUGCUGUGGGCGGCCACGAUGGACAGAGCUAUUUAAAUAGCAUUGAACGUUAUGAUCCUCAAACGAAUCAAUGGUCUUGUGACGUAGCACCCACAACUUCGUGUCGGACUAGUGUCGGCGUAGCAGUGUUGGAUGGAUUUCUAUAUGCAGUUGGCGGCCAAGAUGGUGUCCAAUGUCUUAAUCAUGUAGAGCGCUACGAUCCCAAGGAGAACAAAUGGUCCAAAGUGGCACCUAUGACUACAAGACGAUUAGGGGUAGCUGUAGCCGUUUUAGGUGGCUACCUUUACGCUAUAGGUGGUUCUGAUGGCCAAUGUCCUUUAAAUACAGUAGAACGUUAUGAUCCCAGACAAAAUAAGUGGUGUGCUGUUAAUCCAAUGUCAACACGCCGCAAACAUUUGGGUUGUGCCGUGUUCAAUAAUUAUAUCUACGCAGUAGGCGGUCGAGAUGAUUGCAUGGAAUUGUCAUCAGCAGAACGUUACAAUCCACACACGAAUACUUGGAGUCCUAUUGUCGCAAUGACUUCUCGACGUAGUGGAGUUGGUCUAGCUGUGGUCAAUGGUCAAUUAUACGCGGUAGGAGGUUUCGAUGGUUCAGCAUAUCUAAAAACUAUUGAAGUCUACGAUCCUGAAACAAAUCAGUGGCGUCUUUGUGGUUGCAUGAAUUACAGACGUUUGGGUGGUGGUGUGGGUGUUAUGCGUGCACCGCAAACUGAAAAUUAUAUGUGGAUUCGCAAAGACUCUGUUGUUUGAUUAGGCUUGGAUAAUGACAAGGAGGUUAUGUUGAAUAAAUUCUUUUGAAUGUCUUAUAAAAAAUGGGAAUCGAGAAACACGCAAUGAUGUUUUAUUAAACGAAAAUCCUAAAAAAAAAACUCUUUCACUAAAUGUUUGUUACUGUUGCAAUUUUCGAAAAACUUUAGAAAUAACGAAGGGAAGAGAACUAGAAAAUGUUUAUUAUGUGCACAUUUUAAUCACGGAAGCAGUUUAAAAGCCAAAUUUUUAACAAUAAUAUUUAUAAAUCAUUUCAAAAUGAAUUUAACAAACUUCUAAAAUCAAAGUAAGCGUCCCUAGAAUUAAAGAAAAAAAAACAAAAAAAAAAAAAAAAAAAAAACCACAAAACAAUCAAUUUAGUUUACAUAGUUUUUCGAUUAUAGACGGCAAUAUAAGGGACACUGUCGGUUAGCUAAUAAAUUCACGAAAAUUAUGUUAAAUUUAACUAGGAACAUGAACCGAAUCCUAAACAUUUUAAAAACAUGCCAUUUGUCUGUAAGAAGUUCGAAUUUCAUUAUUGUGGGUUAAAUUUGUUUUGAUCAUUGUUUUUUAUAUAGAAUGCAUCGAUAUGUAAAAGAAUCCUUUUAGUCUUAAAAAAAAAAAAUGU